UCUGGCUUUUUGCCCGCCUCUUUUCUAAUAAGAAGGCAGGGAACAACUGAUGUGCACAAGGGUCUACUGAAUUGCAGUAGCAAGAAGACUGAAGGAUUCUUGCUCAUCUCCUAUCUGUUUUUGAAGAUAACAGGGGAAAAAAAAUCAAAUAUGGUGGAGGCUUUCUGUGCAACCUGGAAGCUGACAGACAGUCAGAACUUUGAUGAGUACAUGAAAGCUCUAGGUGUUGGUUUUGCUACUAGACAAGUGGGCAAUGUCACUAAACCAACGGUCAUCAUCUGCCAGGAGGGAGAUAAAGUAGUGAUCAGAACUCAAAGCACAUUCAAAAACACUGAGAUUAGUUUUCAUCUGGGAGAAGAGUUUGAUGAAACCACUGCAGAUGACAGAAACUGUAAGUCUGUUGUUAGCCUGGAAGGAGAUAAACUUCUUCAUGUUCAGAAAUGGGAUGGCAAAGAAACCAGUUUUGUACGAGAAAUUAAGGAUGGCAAGAUGGUUAUGACUCUUACUUUUGGUGAUGUGGUUGCUGUUCGCCACUAUGAGAAGGCAUAGAAAGCUUCCUGACCCAGUGCUGGAAAAAUGCUACAAUUUUUCUGCUUAUUCAAAUCUCAGUACUAUCUGUUAUCACAGCAUGAUGACUCAUCACUAAUUAGAAGUUCAUCCAUGGUGUGGGAAAGGAAACCAACAAUUAAAAUUUUAUUAAUCCAGGCAACUAGACCAAUUUUAUCUGCAAAUAUAUCCUGUUUUAUAAAUUACAAUUUUAAACUACGAAUAUCAACUUGAACCGUGGAUAUAUUUGUAAUUUUUUUUGGAAUGGAUAUCAAAUUGGAAUAAAAAUAUUAAACCAA